AUGGCAGGCACUUGCUCGAUGCUCUGUUUGAUCGUUAUCACAUUAUUCAUUCCUCCCCUGGGAGUUUUCCUCAUCUCAGGCUGCGGCGUCGACUUUUGGAUCAACGUCCUCCUCACCAUCCUCGGCUACUUCCCCGGUCACAUCCAUGCCUUCUACCUAGAAUAUGUCUACUACGACCGCCGCAACCGCGAUCCCCUAACCCGGAACGCCCAACGACCAGCCCCGGGUGUCUACUCUACUCGCAUCCAAAACGGAGGUCAUCAUGCGCAUUCCCCGACGCAUGCUCCUGCCGAUAGGGGCUACGGUACUAUGUGAUUUCUGCAAUCACCCGAGACCCGUUGUUGAGCUCUCUCGACAACGAAACCACUAUUUUUGAACUUUCUCAGCGAAUACUUAUUGUCAGGUCUCUUCAUAGCGUCCGCCCUUGUUUUUCGGGAAUGACUCUUCUCCUCGUGCAAGCAAUGAAAUAACAAGGACCAAAUGCAAUUCUUAAUGGCUCG